ACCUGAUUCUUCACCAUCAUCGUCUCUCAACUCGCGUGACCUGACUCACCUGACCCUUAUCCAUCGUUGCAGCAUUUUGACUCAUCCCUCCACCACAAGAAAACUACUUUCCCAUUUCAUCCUCCGACACGUGUCCUUCCAUCUCUAUAAAACUGCACGUGUCUUUUUCUGAACUCACCCGUGAUUUUCUUCCAGGUGAUGUUAUCAUUUCCUAUAUAAAAUCUCUUUCUUGCACUCCGAUCCUCUUGCCUGUUAACAUCGGGACAAAAUCUCUUCCUGAAAUCAGUACAACUUUCCGUUCCCCAAGACAAACGGCAUCUACUUUCUGCCAAUUAAUUGCCUACAUGUCCGCCGUUACAGUAACGCCGUUAACAUUAUCGUCAACUCGUUGGUUUUAAAUCACUGUUUGCCGGUUAAGCAGCGGACAAAACAGGAUGAAGGUACAGCAACCGAAGCUACCGGUAGCCCAGUGGUGGACAAUAAUUCAAUCUGACUCCAUGCAGGAGGUUAAAUUAUUUUAUUUUAUGUUAAAAAAAUAAUAAAGGUUUAUGUGAGUGAGGCCCCACCCACACACAAACACAAAUUACACGCACAGUGUACGAGUGGUAAUGGGGGCGACUAUUGCUGAGACGGUUGCAGAGGAGAGAGAAAUCGAGGCAGACGAUGAAGCGGAAGAGAUUCAAAAAGUGGUGGUUCUUAUUGGCAUUAUUGAAUCUAGUGAUCAUUUCUCUUCCUGUUUGAGUUGCAGAGAGUCGCACCUUUCAAGCUAGAGAUUGGAAUUAACAUCCUUUUGAGAGGAUCCUCAUUUGGAUUCUGUUUUCGUUUUAAUUAUUCGUGGCAAAAGUUUUUAUCUAAUUUAGUUUAUUGAUUUUGGAGUAUAAUGAUUAUCGCCGGUAGUUCCGCGGAUAAUGACUGCAAUGGAAUUGCGAUUGCCGAUUCAGGAGAUGCCCUGUACAGGGAGCUGUGGCACGCAUGUGCUGGCCCUCUGGUGUCGGUGCCUCGCCAAGGAGAACUUGUUUACUACUUCCCUCAGGGUCAUAUCGAGCAGGUGCAAGCAUCGACGAAUCAGGUAGCUGAUCAGCAAAUGCCAGCUUAUGAUCUUCCUGCGAAAAUUUUAUGUCGUGUGGUCAACGUUCAAUUAAAGGCUGAACUAGACACAGAUGAAGUGUUUGCUCAAAUAACUUUGCUUCCUCAACAUGAACAAGAUGCGAAAUUGGUCGAGGAGGCUUUGCCUCCACCUACACGUCCGCGGGUGCAUUCAUUUUGUAAGACUCUUACACCCUCAGAUACAAGCACUCAUGGUGGAUUUUCAGUAUUGAGACGCCACGCUGAUGAAUGCCUUCCUCCACUGGACAUGUCUUUGCAACCUCCAGCGCAGGAGUUGGUGGCAAAGGAUUUGCUGGGAAAUAAGUGGCAUUUUCGCCACAUCUUUAGAGGUCAACCACGGAGGCACCUUCUUCAAAGUGGUUGGAGUCUCUUUGUCAGCGCCAAAAAGCUUGUAGCGGGAGAUGCAUUUAUUUUUCUCAGAGGUGAAAAUGGGGAGAUUCGUGUUGGAGUAAGACGUGCUAUGCGACAGCCAAGUAAUAUUCCACCUUCAGUCAUUUCUAGCCACAGUAUGCACAUUGGCAUCCUUGCUACUGCAUGGCAUGCUGUUUCAACUGGAACAAUGUUCACCGUCUACUACAAACCAAGAACAAGUCCUGCUGAGUUCAUAAUUCCAGUUGACAAAUAUGAUGAGUCUGUCAAGAGCAGCUUUACCACAGGGAUGAGGUUCAAAAUGAGGUUUGAAGCUGAAGAGGCUCCAGAGCAGAGGCUUUCAGGUACUGUGGUUGGAGUUGAACAAGCUGAUCCCAAGAGGUGGCCUGCUUCAAAGUGGAGAUGCCUCAAGGUACGGUGGGAUGAAACUUCUCCUAUUCAUCGUCCUGAGAAGGUUUCUCCAUGGGAAAUAGAACCUGCUUCGGCUCCUUCUCUAAACUCCCUUCCAGCAUGCCGAAUCAAAAGACCCCGUUCAAAUAUGGCAAUGCAUUCUGCAGAUUCUGCUGCUUCAAUAAAGAAAGAUAAUGGAUUAUCUAGAGAUCUGCAAGAUCAAGAAAAUGAAACCUUGAGAAGCACAUUUGCUGUGAGCAAAUUCCAAGAAACUGCUCAAAAUCCAUCCAGAGGGAGUUCAUUGCAUGUUAAGGAUCAAAAUUGCACUUAUUUUGGUAAGAGAAGAUUUGAACAUGAGAGCAGAAAUCCUCAACUGGGGCUUGGAGAGAAGUAUUUGAAUGCAGCGUUAGGACAACAGACUCCACAUGAUUCCGGUGAAUUUGGUCAGCAUUUAGUGGACCUUAUCCCUGAUACUGCUGGCCAACUUAAGAAGCAUGUUGUUGAUGAAGAAAACAAGUUGAACUGGUGUUCAUUGUCCAUUAUGCACUCAGGUCCCUCACUUAAUAUGUGCGAGCCCAUAUUGGAGCCUCAUACAUCAAAAGAUAAAGAGAUAUGUCCUACUUCAUGGAAUCUUAAAUCUACCUUUCUUAGACAGAGUGAUUAUGUACAAGGUAUGGAAGUUGAUUAUCAACCUGGACAACGGAUUUUGUCCCAGGGAUGUGCUGGUAAUUCUCCUAUUGCAACUGAAAAACUACAUCCUUUGUCUUUGCAACUGCAUGAGGAGGUAAAAUCUAAUGGAGAUAGCAGUUGUAAACUUUUUGGUAUCUCCCUUAUUAGCAAUCCUUUUCCAAUGGAGCCAGCAAUGCCCCAUGAAAUGUUCAUGCUUAGGCCACAAGGGCAAUUUAAUCAUGCCUCAGACCAUUUGCAGGACAUGGGCUCUAAUCUAUCAUUGCAGGAGUUCAAGAAUCCAAAGUGUUCUGAGAGCAUAAUUAGAUGCGAUGAAGAGAAGUCAUUUCUGGCUUCUGAUAAUUUUGUUCUGAACAAGACUCAGGGUGGCUUGACCAGAAGAUGUGUGAAGGUUCAGAAGCAGGGAAUUGGGGUUGGGAGAUCUGUGGACCUGACCAAAUUUAACAACUAUGAUGAAUUCCUCGCCGAACUUGAUCAGAUUUUUGAAUUCAAUGGUGAAUUAGUUGCUCCUAACAAAAACUGGUUGGUUGUUUUCACUGAUGACGAGGGUGACAUGAUGCUUGUUGGAGAUGACCCCUGGCAGGAAUUCUGUAGCAUGGUCCGCAGGAUCCUUAUCUACACUCGAGAGGAGAUAAACAGGAUGGAUCCACGAUCCUUAAAUACAAUUGUGGAAGAAAAUUCAACUGUUGCAGACCACAUAGCUGUAGAAGAUAAAUCUUCAAAGCAUCUUCCUACUGCGAGCGUCUAGGAUGCCAGAAAAAAAAAAAAAAGUUAGAAAGGCAUCUUCUUGGGGAAGUGCGGGACUCUAGCUUUGAAAAACUUGUGAAAGUUUUGGCACAACGCUUGUAAUAUGGCCUAAAAUCUAAAUGGCCAGUUAAUAUGUCUUCUUGUAUUGAACUGACGACAAAUUUAUUUUGCCCCUUGGUUCUUUUAUCA